CGGAGGAGGUAGAUGGGGGUGGAGGCGCGGCCUCCGCUCCCAGUAAGGGCGACUGGGCGUACUGGGGAAGGAGCGCGAGCGCUGGGCAGGCUGGGCUGGGGUCCCGCGGAAGGGCGAGCAGCGGCAGCAACCACCUGGGGUCCCCUGCAGCAGCCGCAUCAUGAGUCCGCCCGUGGCCGGAGAGAAGCGCCCGGCUCUGCUGACCUGCACGGCGCCGGUCAACAUCGCGGUGGUCAAGUACUGGGGAAAACGUGACGAAAAGCUGAUCCUGCCUAUUAAUUCAUCCCUCAGCGUCACCCUGCACCAAGAUCAGCUGAAAACGACCACCACAGCCGCCCUCAGCCGGGACUUCACGGAGGACCGCCUCUGGCUGAACGGGGAGCCGAGCGACAUUGAACACCCCCGUCUCCAGUCGUGUUUGUGGGAAAUCCGCCGGCUGGCUAGGAAGCGCCGUGGCGAGGUCAGUGGUGGGGAUGAGCAGGACCCUCCCCCCGUGAGCCAGGGUUACAAAGUCCACAUCGCCUCGGAGAACAAUUUUCCCACUGCAGCGGGCCUUGCAUCUUCUGCCGCCGGCUACGCUUGCCUGGUCCACACCCUGGCCCGGCUGUACGGCGUGGAGGGGGACCUUUCCGAAAUUGCCCGUCAGGGCUCUGGAAGUGCCUGCCGCAGUAUGUUCGGGGGCUUCGUGCAGUGGGUGAUGGGGGAUGAUCCCGACGGCAAGGACAGCGUCGCCCAACAAGUGGUGCCGGAGACGCACUGGCCUGAGCUGAGGAUCUUGAUCCUGGUGGUGAGUGCGGAGAAAAAGCUGGUGGGCAGCACAGCGGGAAUGCAGAACAGCGUGAAGACCAGCCUCCUGUUGAAGCACCGUGCCAAGGCUGUCGUCCCAGAGCGCAUGGCCCAGAUGAUCCGCCACAUCCGGCAGAGGGACUUUGAGGCCUUCGGUGAGCUCACCAUGAAGGAGAGCAACCAGUUCCAUGCCACCUGCUUGGACACCUUCCCCCCACUCUUCUACCUCAACGACACCUCCAAGCAAGUGAUCGCCCUGGUGCACCGUUUCAAUGCCCACUACGGGAAAACGAAAGUGGCCUAUACGUUUGAUGCUGGUCCCAACGCAGUUCUUUUCCUGCUGAAUGAGACGCUGGAGGAGUUUGUGGAGGUGGUCAAACGCAGCUUCCCCCCCAAGAAUAACGGAGGCCAGUUCCUGAAAGGCCUUCCCAUGGAUGCAGCAAGCCCCUCGGAGGAUCUGCUGGCAGCGGUGGUGCGGGACCCCACCCCGGGAGCCAUCCGGUACCUGCUGGUCACCAAGCCUGGCCCGGGACCAGCGGUUGUGGAAGAUGGGAGCUGCCAUCUGCUGGGGGCAGACGGGAUGCCGCGAAGCAGCAGCUGAGCCAAGACCUCCCCCCACUUUGGGGCUGCCCCAGAGCCAGCCGGUGGGAGGGAGGCGGGCCUGGCCCAUUGC